AUGACCCAUGGGUCGCAGAAUGCGUGGGUUCACGGCGGGUUGCUGCUUGUGGGGGACGCGGCCCACGCGGGCAGAGCGGAUGGCCAGGGCGCUAACAUCGCUUUCGAGGACGCGGCGGUGCUCGGCGCGCUAGUACGACAGAACGGCCUCGGCCACAAGGCGUUUGCGGCUUGGGAGGAGGUCCGGCAGCCAAGGGUGCGGGACAUCCUCUGGGAUCCAAAACCCGAUGGCGCGACAAGGUCCGCGCUCAUUCAAAACUCUGCGUUCGAGCAGCUGUGGUGUCCUCUGCGAGUGGCGGCGGCUCUGCCGGCGGGCGUGCGACAGGAGGUGCAGGAGGCGGUCGCCCGCGGUGGUGUGGAGGCCGGCCGUCAGGUGGUUAUCAACUGGUCGCAGCGGGCAAUACGUGAACUGGUGGAAGCCAAGGCGCCUAUCGCUUCCGGUAGCAAUCUGGCUCUUGAUCCACAUUAUCGCUUCUGGCCGGAGCUGUUGUUGGGUGUUUCUGUUCGAUAA